AUGGCUGCCUUGAGGGGGAGAUAUCGCUGUUACUAUCUCGGUCCCAGUGGCCGGUCAGAGCGCAGUGACCCCCUGGAGCUGGUGGUGACAGGAUCCUACAGCAAACCCAGCCUCUCAGCCCUGCCCAGCCCUGUCGUGACCUCAGGAGGGAAGGUGACCCUCCAGUGUGGCUCAGGGCAGGGGUUUGACACGUUCAAUCUGACUAAGGAAGGAGAUCACAGGCUCUCCUGGACCCUGGACUCACAGCGACAGCCCAGUGGGCAAUCCCAGGCCCUGUUCCCUGUGGGCCCCGUGACCCCCACACAUAGGUGGACGUUCAGAUGCUAUGGAUGUUACAGAAACAGACCCUACGUGUGGUCACUCCCCAGUGAUGCCCUGGAGCUCCUGGUUCCAGGUGAGUCUGGGAAGCCCUCCCUCCUGAGCCAGCAGGGCCCCAUCGUGGCCUCUGGACAGAACCUGACCCUCCAGUGUCGCUCUGAUGUCGGCUAUGACAGAUUUGCUCUGCACAAGGAGAUGAAACAGGGCCUCCCCCAGAGCCUUGUCCUGCAGCCCCAGGCUGGACUCUCUCAGGCCCACUUCCCCCUGGACACUGUGAGCAGCUCCCACGGGGGCCGGUACAGAUGCUACGGUGGAUACAACCUCUCCUCUGAGUGGUCGGCCCCCAGCGACCCCCUGGACAUCCUGGUGGCAGGACAUCUGGCUGACAGACCCUUCCUAUCGGUGCGGCCAGGCCCUGGGGUGGCCUCAGGAGAGAACGUGACCUUGCUGUGUCAGUCCCAAAGCUGGAUGGACACUUUCCUUCUGUCCAAGGAGGGGGCAGCCGAUCCCCCCCUGCGUCUGAGAUCAAAGCCCGGAGCUCAGCAGUACCAGGCAGAGUUCUCCAUGAGUCCUGUGACCUCAGCCCACGGGGGCACCUACAGGUGCUACAGCUCACACAGCAGCUACCCCUUCCUACUGUCACUCCCCAGUGAGCCCCUGGAGCUCCUGGUCUCAGGUCCCGAAUGGAAACGGAACAUCUUGAUCGGGGUCUUGGUAGCCCUGGUCCUGCUGCUCUCUGUCCUUCUGUUCCUCCUCCUCCGAAACCGAUGUCAGAGCAAAGACAGGACAUCACAUGCUUCUGUGAAGGACCUGCAGCCUGGGGAGAGCGUGGAGCUGGACCCUCAGAACCAGCAGGAUGAAGGCCCCCAGGGAGUGACGUAUGCCCAGGUGAACCGCUCCAGACCAAGACCCAGGCAGCGAAUGGCCACCUCUCUUUCAUCUCUGUUGGGGGGAUUGCUGGACACAAGGGGCAGACAAGCAGAAGAGGACAGGGAGAUGGGCAGUCAGGCUGCUUCACGUGAUACCCCCCAGUAUGUGACCUAUGCCCAGUUGAACCUCUUGGCCCUCAAUGAGAAGACAACUGCACCCCGUUUCUCCCCAUCUGAUGAGCCCCCAGAUGAGCACAUUGUGUAUGCUUCUCUGUCCGUCCACUAGCCCAGGAAGGACGCAGACCUCACAUUUCAGGAAGGGGACCUGCAUAUACCCGGA